UCCUGGGUCUUCGCGGGCCUCGACUGCCCCAGCGUCCAACUUUUCCGCCCUCUCCCUCCCCUCCCCCGAAACUCCAGCAACAAAGAAAAGUAGUCCGAGAAGGAGCGGCGACGCGGGUCUUCGCCCCUCCUCGCCCAGGAAGGACGAACACCAUUAUGGCCACCCAGGUAAUGGGGCAGUCUUCCGGAGGAGGAGGUCUGUUCACCGGCAGUGGCACCAUGGGCAUGGCCUUGCCUAACGACAUGUAUGACUUGCCUGAUCUCUCCAGAGCUGAACUGGCUGCGCCUCAGCUCAUCAUGUUGGCAAAUGUGGCCUUAACUGGGGAAGUAAACGGCGGCUGCUGUGAUUACCUGGUUGGCGAAGAAAGACAGAUGGCAGAAUUGAUGCCUGUUGGGGAUAACAACUUUUCAGAUAGUGACGGAGAAGGACUUGAGGAGUCUCCUGAGGUAAAAGGCGAGCCCAGUGGGCUGGAAAACAUGGAACUGGAGAGUUUGGAACUCAGUGUUGUGCAACCGCGGCCUGUGUUUGAGGUGUCAGCUGCCUCAGAACCGUACAGCGCAAAUAAAGAUCUUCCUCGGGAAACCCCUGUAGCAGAGGACAAAUGCAAGAACUUGAAGACCAAGCCCUUUCGCUGUAAACCAUGCCAGUAUGAAGCAGAAUCUGAAGAACAGUUUGUGCAUCACAUCCGAGUUCAUAGUGCCAAGAAAUUUUUUGUGGAGGAAAGUGCAGAGAAGCAAGCCAAAGCCAGGGAAUGUGGCUCUUCCACCGGGGAAGAGGGAGAUUUCUCCAAGGGCCCCAUUCGCUGUGACCGCUGCGGCUACAAUACCAAUCGCUAUGAUCACUAUACUGCUCACCUGAAACACCACACCCGAGCCGGGGACAAUGAGCGAGUCUACAAGUGCAUCAUUUGCACGUACACCACAGUAAGCGAAUAUCACUGGAGGAAACACUUGAGAAACCAUUUUCCAAGGAAAGUAUACACAUGUGGAAAAUGCAACUAUUUUUCAGACAGAAAAAACAAUUAUGUUCAGCAUGUUCGAACUCAUACAGGAGAACGUCCGUAUAAAUGUGAGCUUUGUCCUUAUUCAAGUUCUCAGAAAACUCAUCUAACCAGACAUAUGCGUACUCAUUCAGGUGAGAAGCCAUUUAAGUGUGACCAGUGCAGUUAUGUGGCCUCUAAUCAACAUGAAGUAACCCGUCACGCAAGACAGGUUCAUAAUGGGCCUAAACCUCUUAACUGCCCACACUGUGACUACAAAACAGCAGAUAGAAGUAACUUCAAAAAACACGUGGAGCUACAUGUUAAUCCACGGCAGUUCAACUGCCCUGUAUGCGACUACGCAGCUUCCAAGAAGUGUAAUCUGCAGUAUCAUUUCAAAUCUAAGCAUCCUACUUGUCCUAAUAAGACCAUGGAUGUCUCAAAAGUGAAGCUAAAGAAAACCAAAAAGCGAGAGGCUGACUUGCCUGAAAACAAAAUCACCAAUGAGAAAACAGAAACAGAGCAGACAAAAAUGAAGGGGGAUGUGACUGGGAAGAAAAACGAGAGGUCUGUAAAAGUGGAGAAAAAAGAUAAUGUUUCAAAAGAGAAAAAGCCUUGUAGUAAUGCCUCAAGCCAAGUGACUACCAGAACUCGCAAAUCGGCACUGGAAGCUAAAGAGACGGAUGUGCACCCAGGAAAUAAUGCAGAAAAAAGCUGUAAAAGCAAGAAAAGCAAAAGGAAGACAGAAGCUGAAGCCCGUUCCUUACAAGAACGUGUGAAUGAUGAGGAACCUGUGACAAAAAAGAAAAAGAAGGCAGAAAGCAAAUCCAGAAAUAGUCAGGAAGUGCCGAAGGGUGACAGCAAAGUAGAGGAGAAUAAAAAGCAAAGUAGUUGCAUGAAAAACAGUGCAAAGAAGAAAACUCUGAGAAGUAAAUCAUGUAAAAAAAGCGGCAAGCCUGCUCAGAGGAGGCCCACUCAGAUAGAGCCUCCUCCUCCCAUGGAGUCUGCUGAGGGGGGGCCUGUUCAGACGGAGCCUCCUCCCGCCGCCCCCCCAUCUCCUCCUCCUCCCCUUGCCCCCGAGUGGCAUGCUGAGGUCGAGGUUGUUCAGACGGAGCGGCCGCCGCCUCCUCCACCCCCAUCUCCUCCUCCACCUCUUCCCCCCGGGGGGCAUGCUGAGGUCGAGGUUGUUCAGAAGGGGCCUGUUCAUGCGGAGCCUCCUCCUCCCGUGGAGCCGAUCCCCAAAAGGUCUCCUCACAAAGAUAAUGGCAAGGAAAAGACCAACAUGCAGAGUGAAAUGGCGCAGAAGGAGCAAGUCCUUAUUGAAGUUGGCUUAGUGCCUGUUAAAGACAGGCAGCUUCUAAAGGAAAGUGCCGGUGCACAGGAUCUCUUACCACCAUCACCACCUCUGCCAAAGGAAGACUUAAAAGAGGAAGAGUCAGAAGACCAAAAAUUAGUCCCUGCAGGCGAAGGACAUAAAGAAGCUCCUCUUCAAAAAGUGGAAGCAGAAGAGGCAGAUAAGAGUCUAGCUGGUCUUGCUGCUGUUACCAAGGCAUCUGCCAGUAUUUCAUCCUCUGAACAAAACUUGAAUAUGCCAGAGGGUGAAACUUCAGAUGGUAAACAUCAGGCUGACGCUAUGCUUUGUGAAAUGAAGAUGGACGCUGAUGAGAAGAAAACAGAGAAUCCCCCCGGCAGAGACUCGGCGGUUGAAGAACCAGCUUCACCACCACUUCUUCCUCUACCGCUAGAAAAAUGUGAAGCAGUGUCCACAGCUACUGUGGCAUCACCUCCUGUCACCGUGGCAGUAAAUGAGUCUCAGGAAAUGGAUGAAGACGAAGGCAUCCACAGUCAUGAUGGAAGUGACCUAAGUGACAACAUGUCAGAGGAUAGUGAUGACUCUGGAUUGAAUGGGGCUCGGCCAGUUCCACAAGAGACUAGUAGAAAAAAUGGAAAGGAAGCCUUGGCAGUCAAAGUGGCCGAGGGAGAUUUUGUUUGUAUCUUCUGUGAUCGUUCUUUUAGAAAGGAAAAAGAUUACAGCAAACACCUCAAUCGCCAUUUGGUUAAUGUAUACUUCCUUGAAGAAGCAGCUCAAGGGCAGGAGUAAAUAAACUUUGGGCAAGGCUUCAGUUCUUAGUUUGUAAGGUCUGUGACAUUUUGUAUUCAUUUGUAGUAAUAGACAACCUUUUGUUUUUAAAAUUGCUUUAAUUAGUAUCCAAUCUUGAUUUUUAAGUGGCAUUCUUUUCCUUAGGAAUCCGUGUACCUAUUGAUGUACACAUUUUAGCAAAGCCAAGGGAGUUAGUGUAAUAAACCAGCAGACAUCUAAAUCUAUUAGCUUUUGCUUUUAAUUGAACCCAGAAGGCCAAGGUGGUAUUAGAGCAUUCUAUCGAUUUGUUUAGCUAUAAUUUGUGAGUUUUUUCCUCAUGUCUAUCUUCCUGUUGCACGUUAGUUUAUUCUUAGUUCCUUGUUUAGCUCUGUAAAAAUUAGCAUACUUAAAUAGCAAAUUACUUGAAGAAUUUGCCUGCUUUAUAUAAAGUUAGCACUUUAAAAUUGUUUUAGAG